AUGGCCUCGCUCUCGCGAGCGAUCCUCCCAAGUGCGGUCAUCGCUUUCUCUAUUAUAUUGCAAUAUGUACAAAGCGCAGAUUUGGUGGAAAUUGAUGAAGCGCAACCGUCACCGUAUUUCUUGAACAGGAUAAAUCCAAAUUUCUUCAUUGUUUACGAUAAUUUCUUGCUAAAACGAAAUGGUGUCAAGAGGAAAGCCUACAUUGAUCCAAGGCUUUUCUCUUCAUCGCUUGGCAAAAGAAGUGCAGGAUCUAGUGCGGAUUUCGAUCCACGCCUCUUUUCCUCAUCUUUCGGCAAGCGUUCUUCGGCAGUCGAUCCCCGUAUGUUCUCCUCUGCAUUCGGCAAAAGAUCCCCUCGUCUAGCAUUUGGUGGAGAGGAUCCAAGACUUUUCUCUGCUUCAUUCGGGAAACGUUCAGCCGAUAUGGAUCCGCGCUUUUUCAGCAGUGCCUUUGGAAAGCGAUCCGCUGAGUUUGACCCAAGAAUGAUGAGCUCAUCUUUCGGAAAACGUUCCGACCCGAUCGACCCACGAUUUUUCAGUUCAGCUUUUGGGAAACGAGCCUCCAAUGAUUUUGAUCCAAGAUUUUUGUCAUCUGCCUUCGGAAAGCGCUCAGUGAUG